CACCGGCCAAACCCGGACGACAUUUGGCCAAUUGUGCGCCGCCCUAUGGGACUCCCAAUCACCGCCGGUUGUGAUACAGCCUGGAUUCAAACCAGGGUGUUUGUAGUGAUGCCUAUAGCACUGAGAUGCGGUGCCUUAGACCGCUGCGCCACUUGGGACCCCCCUAGUCUUCCUCUGGACAUGAUGCACCGCAGUAUGGCAUCGAGCGGCUAUUUGAAAGCGGUGAUGCUGCUCUUAGCCGUGCAGCCGCUGUCUUUUAGGCCAGGUUUUGGCGAGCAGGAGACAGGGACGGCAAUACCUGCCGAAAGACGUCCCUGUGUGGACUGCCAUGGAUUUGAAUUCAUGCAGGGGGCACUGCAAGACCUCAAGAAAACUGCUUUCAAGCUCGAUGCCCAGACUGAGACCCUGGUGUUGAGGGCAAAGAGGUGAGCCCUGUGUGCAUGCACGCCCACUAAUACCCUGCACUGAGUUAAGUAGUGAUGUGCCCUCCCCAUGGCAACAGACUCCACACCCACUAUUACUGGACACCUUCUUUAAACUACUACAAACACUGCCUGGACUAGACAGAUGUCUCUGAGCCUUCUUCUAUGGAAUAUUGUAAAACACAAAAAAGUUAAAU